AUGUCAUCGAUUUGUUCCUCUUGUCAAUUACGAUUCAAUCCGAGUGCUUUUUUUACGCCAAUUCGGGUUACAAUCCCAUACGUCCAAGAAUCCAGCUGUUCAGAACACUAUGAGAUCGCAACAGUCAAAGAUUUGAAUAUUCUGGAAGAAAAUUUGAAUAGCGCUUGGGUGUUUGGAUUUCAGAAUGGCUCAGAGAAGAAAAACCAUGGGAAGAUCAUGGAGAACGGGCAGUUUAGGCAAGCAUCCUCGCCGAAAGGUUCGGCUAUGGCUGCACGAUCGAUGGCUCAAAACCAUGGUUGA